AUCCUUGUGAACGAUCUAAAAAAUUCGCGCGUGAAAAAUUGCAAAAGUGAUGUGCUAAACAUUAACAAUGCUGGCGAUGGAUUCUCUGUGGUGCGGGUCAGAGAGCGAGCUCUCGACGCUGAGGCUGUGCAAGAGCGCGAUAGAGAAGCAGGAGUACAGGCUCAGAAGAAAGCCGUCGAAGAGUCUGAUCCCGCAGGGGCUGCUGCACGCGCACCCCGAGCAGCCGCGCACGGUCAGGAGGCGAAGGUCCGGCACUUGGCCGAGGACCAGGUCUCUGAACGCGCCGUCUCCCAUCCACCAGUUCGGACCAUGCGGCAGAAUAAUGAAGAACUCGGCUAUGGUUAUGCAAAUCCAAGACCCGGCGUCGCAGCGGCUGACGUGGUACAAGCAGCCGCUGACGGUGUUGGUCAUCAAGAAAGUGCAUGACGCUACCAUCCUCACGCCGUUCGUACAGCUCGUUCACUGGCUCGUUCAUGACAAAAGCAUGGUAGUGUACGUUGAGGCAGCAGUCCUGGACGACGUACUGCUGGCCGAAUACGGGGACUUCACGGCGGUGCGUGAGAAGCUGAUGACCUUCCGGGCGGGGCAAGAUGAUCUCACGGACAAGAUCGACUUCAUCAUCUGUCUGGGCGGCGACGGGACCCUGUUACAUGCCAGUUCACUGUUUCAGCAAUCGGUGCCCCCCGUGAUGGCGUUCCACUUGGGCUCACUCGGUUUCCUCACACCCUUCGAGUUCAACAACUUCCAGGACCAAGUCAUGAAUGUUUUAGAAGGUCACGCGGCGUUAACGCUCCGAUCGAGACUACAGUGCGUGGUGCUCCGCAAGAGCAAGAAGGACAACGAGGGCCGCAAGUGCAUCCUGGUGCUCAACGAGGUGGUGGUGGACCGCGGCCCCUCGCCCUACCUCUCCAACAUCGACCUGUUCCUCGACAACAAGCACAUCACGUCCGUGCAGGGCGACGGUUUAAUAGUAUCAACGCCGACUGGCAGCACAGCGUACGCGGUAGCGGCCGGCGCUAGCAUGAUCCACCCCUCCGUGCCCGCCAUCAUGGUGACCCCCAUCUGCCCGCACUCGCUGUCGUUCAGGCCUAUAGUCGUACCCGCGGGGGUCGAGCUCAAGAUCGCGCUAUCCCCGGACGCGCGCAACGCGAUGUGGGUCUCGUUCGACGGCCGCAACCGGCAAGCGUUGCAACACGGCGAUAGCCUCUACGUAACCACCUCCGUGUACCCGGUGCCGUCCAUAUGCGCCCAGGACCAGAUCUCCGACUGGUUCGACUCGCUGGCCGAGUGCCUGCACUGGAACGUGCGCAAGAAGCAGAAGCAGAUGGACGAGCUCAGCGACAUGACCUACUCCUCAAGCGAUAACCUUGAAGAGUUGGAGAAUAAUGAGCGGCCCGCGGACACGUGACCUUAUAGUAUUACGGUGGAAUGCGAGUUGGCUUAGCACAUUCCUUUAAGGCCUCUAUACAUAUUGGGCCAACGCAGGCCACUCCAAGGGACGCAGCCAUGCGGUAGAAUGAGAUAGCAAUAUCACUUGCUCCCUCUACCGCAUAAAUGCGUCCCUUGGAGUGGCCGGCGCUGGCCCAUUGUGUAACAGCGCCAUUAGACUUUAGAGCGCCGCCAGCGCUUUUUUAGGGUCGGUUGCACCACACUGUCUGGCGUUCGCUACAUUAAUUUGUAUGGGAAAUUUCAUCCUUCACUGCUGUUUGAUGUUAAUCAGUCUGUCAAAUGUGGUUGGUGCAACUAGGCCUUAUUCUUGGGCGUGUAAACGAGGCAUCUUAAGCUGCGUUGGGGAGUGAGGGUUAGCUAACCGGUGAAAAUCCUUAUAUCGUCAAGCGAUCAAUACUCACUAAUUACUACCACAAGUUAAUAGCCAUAGUGAACCAUAUUAAUACCUGAAUAAGGUUGAUUUUUGUUUAAUUACUUUUAAGUAAUUAGUGAAUUUUGGUUGUUAUGACGACAUACUCCGGCACAGCGACCUUCUGCGUAGAAAAAGGUGUCAAUAAAAAAUGUAGGCGCGAAGGGUUGUCCUCCCAUAGAAAAUUUGAAUUCCACGCCUUUUUCUACUGACAAUGCAGGCCUAUGUUCAGCAGUGGACGUCUUAUGGCUGAGAUGAUGAUGAUGAUGAAUGUAGGUUUGCCAGAGUAUAAUUUCGUCUAAAGCUAAGUUCACCUUAUAUGUUAUGAAUACUACACUAUGUUUGCUAUAAUCCCUACAUGUAAUAAAUUCAUUUUCGUUGAACCAGCAUUUCGAUAAUGCUGAGUUAACUAUGCAUCUCGAAUAUAAGUCAUUUAGGGUGAUUAAACAUAGCAAUGUUACUCAAGAAUCUCGAAUAGACCGAUUUCGAAAGCGGUAAGGAAAUAUUUUAUGCUCUACGUGAAAAUUACGUCCAAAUUAGCGCUGGCGGGCGUGUUUUUUUAUUUAUUUAUACAAAAUCACAACGGUGCAUUAUUUUGAAAUUUAUGCAACGAUUGUCUUGUUUUUACAAUCGCCUCGGAAUGUGAAUGACAUUGCAAUAACUUUGUAAGUGCUGUGCAAUAGAAGAUUUUUUUCCACAAUGCGUUGCCACGAUCUGCGAUUUGUGUGUUAAUGCAUUUUACGGGCUUUGUGAUAGUAUGUAUUUCGUAAUUAUAUUUUUUGUUUAAAUUGAAUAUCCCGGCAUUCCUUCGGACAAUAAAAAUGUAAUUCUGUUAUGUCUUCAGGGAUAUGUUCUUGUUAUGUUUUAUAGUGAAACGGUCGGUUAAGGUUCGGAUUUAAGGAAUGUUUGUUCCAAUAACUUAGUGAGUACUUAUUCUACAAAUCUAGAAUUCUAGAUAUACCAUCGUUGUAUAAGUGCCUUGGCCGCUUAGUGUUUUGAACGACGCUACAAACAAUACUGCCUACAAAACUAGUUUUUACCAACUACGGCGAGGUGCUAUAUAGAGUGCCAAAAAUGUAACAGGUACAUAGAUGUAUUAGUGUUCAGGAGAGCACAAAGAAAGUUUACUUUAGAUUUAUAUGGUGUUAAUAAUAUGAUGUGCUUUGGAUUAAUUAUGUAUGAGAGUUACGGAAUCAAAUUAAUGAACGUGAAAUGAGCGAGAGAAAGUCUUCAUAGAAUAAAAAUUCAACGGUUAACCUUGCGCAUUAAAAUAGUACCUUACGGAUUGUGUGCAAAUUUGGUCUGCUCAAUUUAUUUUCAAAUACCAUAGGUACCAAUAUUAGUAAUUAAUUAGUGAAUCACAUCACAUAGCGCUAACCUUUUUUAACCAAAGCGAAAAGUACGAUAAAUUUGUUGUUUUCUCUCGCUCAUUCUGUGUUUAGACCGCAAUAGGACCCCUCUCAAAAGACUGUGAACUUCACAAAAACGCCGCUGUGGCUUUGCGUAUUGGCCUCACCCUGCUAUAUCUUUGUAAAGCGGUCGUCACAUUAGAUGCGGAGCUCCGGUGUGCAAGCAGGACAUUGAAAUAUAAGUGCAUAUUGCGGUCCCGCUCAUCGAAGCGGUGUGCGAAUCCGCAUCAUUUUGAUAGCCGCGUGAGUUCUAAGUUUAAUACUAAUUCCCGUUUUGAAUUCUAAUUUCAAUGAACAUACGCUGAGACUUACUGACGAGGCUGUAAGUAAAACCCCAUAUAGGAAUAUAGUUGUAAAACAAAAAAAGACAUAUUAAUUGCUAUUAAAUAUGUUCAUGUUGCUGUUGUUACCUAUUAUCGUGCCAAGAGAUAUUGUAGAAAUAACUUAGAAGUUUCAACUAAAAUCGCAGUGAUAUAAUUUAGAACGCUCAUACACACCACACUAGCGCGCUCGUAACGUGUUUUAGCUGUCAGGAGGCCCUACCGUGAACCAUAUUCGACGUGUUGCAUCUCUGUCGCACUUGUAAAUCCGUACGUAGGUGUGAUAGGGAGGCAAGACGACGAACUUGGUUCACUUGGAACGGGUUCACACCCGGUAAAAGCCCAGGAGCAGUUAAAAAAAUAAAAUCAUUCUUUUUUAAAUUUGCAGUUCUUACGUAAGAGAAAAAUAUAUCUUGACAGUUAAGUAGCUAUAUUUCCCUUUAUAACUGUACAAUUAAGCUCACGAGUUGAAUUUGUGUGGAAAAUGGGCAUAAAAGCACUCUCUUUUACUCGUACUACUCUAUCUUCUUCUGUAAAAAAAAUAUAUAGAAGUAUUUGUUACCGUAAUUUCUUGUAAUUUGGGUCCAAUAUGGGAUGCGACAAUGUCUUUGGUGUGUGUUUCGGCGUUGUGGUAUGUAAUGUCACGUUGACAUUUUAUAGAUGUUUGUUUGUCACUUAAUAUGAAUUUCGUUUUCACAAGUUUAUGAAUUGUGUAUAUGUAUAAUAAGAUGUUUUAUUGUAAAUUAUACAAAAUUUGACUUUUA